GGUGGCGCCACUUGAAUAACCUCGCGGUCCUCUACGGAAGCGAGGGAAGUACAAGGAAGCCGAGCCCUUGUGCAAACGGGCCCUGGAGAUCCGAGAAAAGGUGUUGGGAAAGGAUCACCCCGAUGUUGCUAAGCAGUUAAAUAACUUGGCCUUGCUGUGCCAGAACCAGGGCAAGUAUGAGGAAGUGGAGUACUAUUAUCAAAGAGCCCUCGACAUCUACCAGACGAAACUGGGGCCCGAUGACCCUAAUGUGGCCAAGACCAAAAAUAACCUGGCAUCCUGCUAUCUGAAACAAGGAAAAUUCAAGCAAGCAGAAACACUAUACAAAGAAAUUCUCACUCGUGCACAUGAAAGGGAAUUUGGUUCUGUAGAUGAUGAAAAUAAACCCAUUUGGAUGCAUGCUGAAGAAAGAGAAGAAUGCAAAGGAAAGCAGAAGGAUGGGACAUCUUUUGGAGAGUACGGUGGCUGGUACAAAGCUUGCAAGGUUGAUAGCCCCACUGUCACAACCACUCUGAAGAACCUGGGGGCGCUCUACAGACGGCAGGGCAAAUUCGAAGCUGCAGAGACGCUGGAAGAAGCUGCCAUGAGGUCGCGCAAACAGGGUCUUGACAAUGUUCACAAACAGAGAGUGGCCGAAGUGCUGAAUGACCCUGAGAACAUGGAGAAGCGCAGGAGCCGGGAGAGCCUCAACGUGGACGUGGUCAAGUACGAGAGCGGCCCUGACGGAGGGGAGGAAGUGAGUAUGAGCGUAGAGUGGAACGGGGAUGGCACUGGAUCUUUAAAACGCAGUGGUUCCUUUAGCAAACUCCGGGCUUCCAUUAGACGCAGCAGUGAGAAGCUGGUUAGGAAGCUGAAGGGAGGAAGUGCACGGGAGAGUGAGCCGAGGAACCCUGGCAUGAAGCGCGCCAGCUCUCUGAAUGUUCUUAACGCGGGUGGCAAGGCCGCUGAGGACCGAUUCCAAGAACGAAAUAAUUGUCUGGCAGACUCGAGAACUCUGAGUGCCAGCCACACUGACCUGGCCCAGUGAGGGCUGGGCAGAGUAGGUAACCCCGAGUCUCACGGAGCCCUGAGGCCCUCCCAGCUCUGCGCGCCCCUCCCGCUGUGCCAGGCUGCACUCCUUGGUGGGCAGGGCUUCUUUUUCUAGAUAGUGACGUCCACCCACCUCUGGAGGCCUCCUUUUAAAAAGACCCAGGGCACCUGUGCCCCAGAAUUCUGUUAGUGACUGAGAGCCGCUGAGACCUGUGGGGCCAGCAGGGCACAGCCCAGGGAGGCAGAUGUGGGCUGGCAUUGGCUUCAGCACCUUUGGACUCGGCCACUGCUCACGGACAUUGCUGUGCCUGCCGCCUGCCACCUUUUUGCCUUGACGCCAAACUCUAUUUUAAAUUUUGAUAUUGUAAUAAGGCUGUACAUUAAGAAUCUGAAACUUAAAGUGCAUCAUUUUCAAAUGAUAAGCACUAGUGAUCUGACCUGCAGCAGUAGCAAAGCCUUUAAGAGUUUAGGGCACAGUGGUCGUAAGAAAUGAGAAAUGAGUCACUUCCUCCAGGGGCUUCACUUCUAGAUCUCUGUUUCUGAAGCCACAGUGUCUGUGGCCUUGGGCGCUUGCUGGGCGUGUGGCUCUGCUGGGAGCAUCUGGGUCCCAUCCCACCUCUUUUGAGCAGGUUUUCUCUCUCCAGGUGGUCCCUGCACACCAAACACUUAGGGCAUGUGUUUUAUUUUUUAAGAGCUUUUUCUUCAUAGAGUUAAGAACACAGGGUGGAGUUUGACAGGAACGUGAAAAUCCACCCGAAGGCAUGGUUUCUUGGUAGCCUAUAAGCCCCUCCAGCCUGUAAGCUCAGGGAAUGCACAGAUGACCAGCUCGUUCCCGAUGAGAGCAACCCUCGAGGACCGUGUCCGCAGCUGGAACACUGAGACGCAGCCUUUGGGCUCGAAGGGAGCAUCUGAAGUCCUGGCCAGUGGUCAGUCUGUGAAACCCAGAGCGUCCGUGGACUGUCAGGUGUUCAUUGUCACCUUAUCAGCACAGGCGGUGGCCCAGGGAAGGCACCUCUUUGCGUCUGCUCCCAGCUCCCCGGGGGCGCGUGGCCCGGGCUGUGUGGACGUGGGGCUGACGCUGGAAUCGGCACCCGGGGUUCUCUUACAUGGCCAGACCUUAAAAUAUCCUUAAAAGUUCUAUGUCAUUUACUGUUAUCUCCUGUCACAAACUGCUGUUUGUGAAAAGACGUUUGUUGCUGGCGGGUGCUCGGCAUUGAGGCUGCCCCAUGGGUGGACACUGUCGCCAAGUUGGUCACCUUUCGCCAUGGCUCCUUUUCUGAGGCUCCUUACUCUCAUUUUGGCAGCUUCUAAUAGAUGAGGAAUUUAUUUUCUUAAUGCUCUCUAUAGGUGUUUAGAAAAAUUUAGUGGCUUGUGAGAAGCCGUCUGAAUCAAGAGAAGGGUAGAGCUGUGUCCCCUCCCUGAUACCGCGGCUCCCAGAGAUCCCAGCGUAGGACGCUGUGGGUGGCUUGGGACAGUCAGGAGGGGCCGAGGGGCUCCCUUGCCAGCCCCCAGAAGUCUCUUCUCCGGGCGAGAGAGCCGAGGCAGUAUUUGAAACCCGGACCGUUUCCCUUAGCGACAGUUCUCUCUGGAGAGACAAAGGGCGUUUAGAAAGAACUCGGGCUGCAUACAGGGUUGCUGCUGCCGCGGUGGGCCCGGCGCGGCCCUGGCUCAGGGCGCCUUUGCAGCGCUGUGGGAACAGCAGCAGCGCCGAGGGUGAGAGGAGCCAGACCGAAAAGGGAAGCUCGGGUUUCAGAGAGAGCUGCGUGGCAGGCUGCAACUUCUGGGUUCCGAACUUGGGUGACACGAUAAAGGACGUGGGUUCUAAGCUGUUUCCAGUCUGGUGGUCUGAGUUCUGACGUCCUGAGAGAAGUGGUGGGCCUGGCCAUCCCUCCCGUCUCCUUCUGAUUAGGGGACCCCAGUCGAGGGCCGGCACCUGUUUCUUCUGUUUCCGCCACAUAAACAUAGGUGGGACCAGCGGCAGCCGACGCGGCCUCUGCGCAGCGGUGCCUGCGGGCCCGUGCCGGCUCCAGCGCCCGUGCCCAGGGGAGAGUCUGUCCAGGUGGACGUCCUGGGGAGCCGUGGCCAGUGGCGCAGCUGAGCUGGCUCCCGGCCCCUGGGGGUCUCUGAGGCACAGGCCAGCCCAGGGCAGUGCUUGGUCUCGUGUCUACAGCAUUGGAGGAAUUCAGAUAGUUUUCUGGAUUUAAAAAUAACCUGUUUGGUUAGAAAGCUGCUAGGAAUAUUAUGUCAUUAGAAAUUCAGUAUUUAUAGUAAAAUAUACUAAAUAUUGCUAAGGAUGUAUGUUUACAAUUUAUAGAAUAGAUUUUUCCAGUGUUAUAACUUUGUGGAAUUUUCUUGGAAGGCACGUUGCAUAUACGAAACUAAUAUCUGUUAGUUUAUCUUUGCACUUAUUUUGAGCGAUGUGUACCCUAUGCUCAGAUUUCUGAAAACUGUAACAUGGCGCUUAAUAGCACUGACCAAAGCAAGGCUGCAGCCAGCUCUCUUUCCGGAUUAGCAACACUACACACAGCUGGGUCGGCAGUGUCGGGACUGGCACGUAGACGGCUGUACCUCCUGCUGACAGUUCCCCGACUCUGGGGCCGAACUUCAGUGGUGUUGGUGUGUCAUACUGUGGGGACGAUGAGGGCCGCAGGUCUGCGGGUGGCCCCGGAGGGAGGGUCUUAGGCCUGAGGACUGGGGCGGGCCAGGGCUCCCCAAGUGGGCUUCUGCUCUGCCCUCCUCAGGGUGACCCGUGCUCCUGGGAUGACCUGGAGGCCGACCCCUGCAGACGCGGCUGGCUGUGUGGUGGGGCACCGCUGGGAGGGGGAGUCCCUUCCCCGCCUCGCCCAGGGCAGGUGCCAGCUGUGCUCACAGGCACGAGUCUUCUGUGACGUGUACCUGUCUCGCAGCUGGGGUGUUCUAAUUGUUGGUAUGACUUGCCUAGAAAAACAUUUGGAAUUGUUUAUAUUUACUUACAAAAAUAAAAUGUUUUAUUUUCUGGUGUAAA